GCAUUUUGUACGAAACUGAGGACUCAUACAUUUUGAAAAUUGUCAACAAACACGACAUGGCAUUCUAUCCUAUACAGAAUCAACUGCAGUUUAAUCUAGAUGUUCCAAGUAAUGUACAGAACCUUGCCUUCAAAUUCCACCGACCAAACCCCAUAGUGAUUGAUAAAGGCGGAGGGCCCCCAGGAGUUGUCUUCCCUGCAGGUCAUGCUGGUAUUCAUGGCCUACCACAAGGGGGCAGUCAUGACAAUUCAGGGGGGCUUAACUUUUCUUCCAUCUCAGAAGACAGAAUGUCAAUAGCUAUGAGGUUGGCCCAGAGGGAUAUACGCAAGAAAAAGGAAGAAGAACAUAUGAACAGACAGCUUGGUAAAACCAGAACAAAAUCACGCUCUCCAUCCCCAAAGACAUUUGGAAAAACAAAAGUGAUACGGGAUCGAGCAUCAAGAGAUAGGAUGCGGCGUCAACCGGUGAAAAACAAAUCAAACUUAAAGAUUAAAGAACAUGACAGGAACCGUAGUCCAAAGAAUGUCAAAACACAAACUCCUCCCAGACUGUCUCGGCCUGGAGGAGGGCGAGUGCCUGAUCUGUCAAUGCCAGUAUCUUCACAGUCACCACCAUCAAGGGACACAGACUUCAAACUGUACCCUGUGCAACGCACCGCUCCCUCUGCCCAACCAGAGAAGGAAAUAGAGAGACUCCAGCAUGAGAUGGAGGGCUAUCUACAACAGAUUCAGGUCAUAGAGCAGAGGGCUAUGAAUGAUCAAAACACCUCAUUUCUACAACCAUCCUCUAAACAUCGACCAAAGGAUGGGUAUCUUGAAGUGGACGAGGGAGCACAACGGAAACAAGCACGCAUGGAGGAGUUAACUACACGCACUUCACGUCAGCUCUACAUGUUACGGCAGCAGGUCCGCGAGAUGCAGAAUGAGUUCAUCCGCCUCGGACCAGAGAAAAUUAAACACACAAAGAAGAGUCGAAGCUCUACACGACUAGCAGCAGCACAUCGUGGGGCUGUGCGAGCAAUCCAGUCUUUUGUGGCCAACCUACCCCACACAGAUUUGAGUGGUGGCCUGCCUGCCACCUACCAUGAGCUGGCUCUCCUCAUACGUCAGAUGACGCUCCUCAGUAACCAGGUGGCCUCUGAAAAGUCUAGUGUCCAAGGCGACCUGCUGAAGAUGCUGGACAAGGUGGAUGAUUUGAACAAAGCAUGGUGCCAGGAUUUACCAGAAAAGGAGAUAUCGAAAUCUGUGGUUACCAAGACAAAGGAACCACCUCGGGUUCCGCCCACUUACCAGGAUCCCCCACAAAGGGGUCGCCCAGUGCAGAGGAGGACCAUAGGGAAGGAAAACAAACCAGUGAAAGGAAUCAUCAAGCCAUCUGCAGCAGGGUCUAGGAAAAUAGAAAAGCCCAGACAAGCUGCGAAGGAUGUGACUCCCGACAGGAAAGCAGCGAUGAGAGCGGGUAUUGCUGCCCUGGUAGAAGCUGGAGAACUUAAAAGAGGCAGAGCAGGGAUGGCUUGGGAGGUGUCUGGACAUCAGCCAUCACAGGCCCCAGCCAAAAGUCUAAUCCUGCCAGCCAAACUACAGGAGAAGAGAGCGCGAGCCCAGAGGGCCGUAGUCCAGGGGAACACUGACUGUCACUUCGCAGAUCCUACCGUGUCCUCAAACCUCAAGUCUGUAACCCCUCAACAUAACCUCAUCAUGGAACGAUCCUUCUCUGCCCCACCCACCCCCUCCGGGAGAAUGAGAUCUACAAGUCCAGGACAACGACGGGAGCCAUGGCGACCGGGAGGCACCGCACGGACCCCCUCCAAAGGGCGUAGGAGGACCCGCUCACAAAGUCCCGCCCUACAACGGUGUCACCUCAUCCAGGACAUGCUAGAUGGUGACUUAGUCAAAACCCUUUUUCCUGAUGACAUGGAACAGAUUCAAAAGCAGAAGACUCCAGUCAGAGGAAGACAGACAUAUUCUGCCACUUCACGACGAGAAAGGGCUGCCCGGUCACAGAGUCCGUCAGAGAGAUUGAUUGAUAAUGCUGAGAAAGCCAUUCAGAGGAGACUACAGCCCCUCCUGGCCCAGGCCGAGGAGAUAGCUUGUCGUCAGGAGAUGAUGAUGGCUGCGACUGAUCCAAACUUUAAACGGGGAAUCACAGACGAUAUCACUAAUGUAAGCUUUCCUUCUCCGAUGAUAAUUCUUUGUAAACUUAAUGUGGCUGCCCGGUCACAGAGUCCGUCAGAGAGAUUGAUUGAUAAUGCUGAGAAAGCCAUUCAGAGGAGACUACAGCCCCUCCUGGCCCAGGCCGAGGAGAUAGCUUGUCGUCAGGAGAUGAUGAUGGCUGCGACUGAUCCAAACUUUAAACGGGGAAUCACAGACGAUAUCACUAAUCCGGAAGAGCGUAGAGAUGUGUUGACAGAGAUGAUACUACAGGACGUGAUCACAGACACAGCAGAGGAGUUUCAGGCCCUGGAGCGACAGGAGCUGGCCGAGAAAAAAGCUGCUGCCCUACAAGAUCGUCCCACCCUGGAGAACCUCAUGUAUAAACUGGAGCAGAUGGAGGAGGAACGACAUAACAUAAGACGGAGGUGGGCAACAGUACAAUUCUCAGAGACGGAACCUCUAACCAAACCGAGCAUGAGAGAUUCUGGUCGUCCUCUGGCACCUGCAGCUAUGGAGAUAACCAGACAUACAGUACCCCCGCGUACCAUCCAGAAAAACAUGCACAGGGAAUUCACAAAGAACAGGGAUGAUGAACCAAUCAUAUUUACUAAGAUGAAGUCUGAAGUAAAAUUCACAGAACUCAAGACGAGCUUUCAGACCGAUUUUGAUGAUGGCCCUCUGAAAGAUUCAGCUUAUGACAUCAGAGGUCGACCAGAGGUACAAAUCUCGAUACCUAAAAGUGUGAGAGAGAAGAUAACAGCUGGCGUGGAGGCAUAUGAUCGGUAUCUAAAGAAAACAUCCCACCAGCGCAUUGGAAAGUUUGACCCCUGGAGACUCAUGGAAGAGGUUGCUGACCACAUUUUGGAAGAGUGUAUGGCUGAUAUUGCUGGGGAACUUGAGGACUUGAAUGAAGCUAUUGUAACAAACGUGUGUAAGUCUGAGUUUUUGGUACCCAAGGAGACUGAGGAUAGCUCUCCAGCCUCACCCUUCCUGACCCAGCACAGCCCCGCCCCCAGGGACAGUCCUACCAUGGUGGUGUUUAAGGAUCAGCCAGUACAUUUCUCUAUACCAGAUGUAGAUGACGAGACUAGUGUCAAACACAUAGAUGAGGAUAGUAUGACGAAAGCCAGUGACAGGGACGAUGAUUAUGAAGAUGAUGACGAUGAUUUCGAGGACUAUGAAGAUGAUUAUGAAGAUGAGGUGUCAAUAUGAUCUGUGAAGUGUGAUAACAAGACAAUGUUACAGUUAAUUAAAUUUGAGUUUGGAUUCUCGCCAUGGUUGUGUGUCAGAUGGUGAAAUGUGAAGAAUAUCUUUGAUCAAAUAUCAAGAUAAAUGUGCAUGUACACACAUGUAUGUGUAUAUUGAUCAACAUGAAGAGAAACCGUCCCUGACAUAGAAAUUACCUUCAACUUCUCAUUAAGUUACAAAUGAAUUCAAAAAUAGUACAGAUUAGUUGUUUAUGAAAUCAAUGAUUUUCAUUAUGCUUUGUUUGAAAUAAC